AUGCCAGGUAUUUCUUGUAUUUUAUAUUCCGGAAUUUACGAGGUAUUGGUAGAAUAUCUAGAUUGUGAGGAUGUAUAUGAGUUAGCACUAUUAAGUGUCGAGUGGGGUCAUUAUUUAGGAGGUUCUUUUAUAAGAUACUGGCAAAAAGCUUCUACUGAUAAGUUUGGUUUUAGGUUUGAUUUAGUUAAAGUAUUGGUUGAUGGUGUGGCAAAAAAUAAUGAUGAGUUUGAAGAUUUUGGUAAUUCAAGAAGUAUUAAAAGUUGGUUUGGUUAUUUUGAGUUUCUAAAUACUUCUGAGCUCGGAAUGUUCUUAUUUAAUCAAAAAAAAAUAAAUGAAGUUUUGCAGGUACUACUCUAUAAGUUGAAGUUUGAGUUAAAUUCUGCGAAUUCUUGUUUUUCGAUACAAAACUCCUCAAAUUUAGAAAGUGUUUUUGCUUUUAACAAAUUUAUCGAAAAUAAUACCAGUAGAUCUAAUAAUCAUGUUUCCGAAGCCUCUCCAUUUACUUGUGAGUUUUGGAAAGAACACAAACUGAAGGAUGUUUUUAUUAAUGGCAAAGAUGAAAUUUUUUUUGGACUCACAAGUUUUAGUAACAUAGAAUUGGAUUUUGGAGGAUUAGGGAAAGGAUAUAUAUGGGAUAUGGAAGUUAACUCAAUAACAUCUCAAAAUAUUGUGUUAAAAUCGGAGUUCCAGAUAGAAGAUAUACCAUACUGGGAUAUAGGUAAGGUAAUAAUGGAAUAUAUUGCAGUUUGGGGUCUAUUCAAUGAAAAUGAACAUGUUUUACUAUAUCAUCAUAAGAAUCCAUUUCAUAAAAUAGAUAAUGGCAUUCAGCUAAGUAAUAACUGUCAUGCUUUACUACUUUCAAAUGGUAAUAAGAUUUCAGAUCUUAAUGGAAUUAAUUACUUUCUAUCAAGUUUGAGUAGUUUUGCUGGUAUUGAAAUGAGUAUAAAUGAGGCACUUUCUAAAAUUACUAUUUACAUUACUUUACAAGUAGUAUUUAUUUUAGAAAAUCUCAAAAAUCACUUUUCUUCCAAUUCAAAAAACCUAUUAAACUCAAAUAAGCCAAUUAAAAGUAUUCAGGAUUCGGAUAAAUGUAAUAUAAAUGUGGAUUUUAAAGAAAAUAUUAAUACAAAUAACAAUAUAAUCGAAGGUAUACAGCAAGAUAAUAUGUAUUUAGGAGUUAAUAAUGAUGUAUUGGCUGAAAAGUAUAAAACAAAGGAAUAUUCAAACUAUGAUUUUUUAGAUUUUGAAUAUGAAUAUGAUAAUCUUUUAACUCAGAAAUCUUUACUUUUAUUAGAGGAUGGUGAUCAUACUUUGGAUGAGAAUCAUAUAAUACCAUCAUCAUCAUUAACAUGCAGAGAUAAGCUGGACUCAAAUUUAUUGAGAAAUGAACAUAGCCAACGCCAUAAGCCUUCACUUUUAAGCUUUAGACCCAAAUUAAAGUUGAUACCUUUUAAAUUAAUGAAUAAUAGAUAUACAAAAUCAUAUUAUAAUAUUGAGUUGCAAUUAAUGGAUACAAGGGCAAGCAUUCCUUUAUAUUUAUAUGGUGACUUAGAACCAGCAGGUGGAAGUACAAAUAAAAACUUUGCUGAAUUAAGAGUUUAUUUUGGCAGAAAUUACCCAAAUUCAAGCUAUAUUAAAACAAAUUGUUUAUAUCAAGCAGGAAUAUCAGUUAUAGAUAAAGCUACUGGAGAAAUAGUGUUUAGUUUGGUUUUCCCAAAAUCCAAAUCUUACUAUGACAGGAGAACGAUUUCCAAGUCCAGAAGAUUACUGAAAUUAUGUUCUUAUUCCAGAGUAUAUAGUACACAAGUUCCUGUAAUUGAUCCUCCUUCACAAUUAACUAACAUGCCAGAGUCAGUCUUUAGUAAGCUUGAAAUACUUAUCCAUCCUCAUAAAAGUAGUCUAGGUAAAGUAUCAGAGCUAAGUGUGUCUUUGAAUUUACAAGAAUGUCUGGCUUUAUUUCCAGUCAAAAAGUUUAAAAAGUUUCUUAGUCUACAAGGUUUUCAAUCUCAUGAUCAAUACAAAAGGAGAAUUAAUUCCCCUAUUAAAAACAUCCAGAAAUACUAA